GCAGCCCGGGAACGGGCCUGGCACAGCGGCGGCGCUCCCGCGGCACCGCGGCAUUCCUUGGGGCGCAUCCCCCUGCGCUCGGCACUGCUGCGGCCACACCCCGAGUACUGCCGCCACUGCUGCUUCAAGAAAGACAUCGAGGUGCUGAGCGGGUCUAGAGAUGGGCACCGGAGGUGGUGAAGGGUCUGGAGGUCGGAGCUGAUCCUGGAUCCUGUGGUAUUUCUGUACUGCAGAGAUGAGCUCUGUGGCGACAGACAAGGUUGCAGGAAAGCUGAGCUCUACUCUCUCAUGGGUGAAGAACACUGUGUCACACACCGUCAGUCAAAUGGCCAGUCAGGUGGCAAGUCCAUCUGCCUCCUUACACACAACAUCCCCCUCCACCACUCUGUCCACACCCGCCCUGUCGCCAUCCUCACCAACACAGCUGAGCCCAGACGACUUAGAACUACUCGCAAAACUUGAGGAACAGAACAGACUCUUGGAAACCGAUAGCAAAUCCUUACGAUCAGUAAAUGGGUCAAGAAGAAACAGCGGAUCGUCUCUUGUAUCUAGUUCAUCAGCUUCCAGCAAUCUCAGCCACCUUGAAGAAGACUCAUGGAUCCUGUGGGGGAGGAUUGUGAAUGAAUGGGAAGAUGUACGGAAAAAGAAAGAAAAGCAAGUUAAGGAGCUGGUUCGAAAAGGGAUACCUCAUCACUUCAGAGCAAUUGUUUGGCAACUUUUAUGCAGCGCUCAAAGCAUGCCAAUUAAGGAUCAGUAUUCAGAGCUUUUGAAAAUGACGUCUCCUUGUGAAAAAUUAAUAAGAAGGGACAUUGCUAGGACAUACCCUGAACAUGAUUUUUUCAAAGAAAAAGAUAGCCUUGGGCAGGAGGUCUUGUUCAAUGUAAUGAAGGCUUAUUCUUUGGUGGAUCGUGAGGUUGGAUACUGUCAAGGAAGCGCUUUUAUAGUUGGAUUACUGCUUAUGCAGAUGCCAGAAGAAGAGGCGUUCUGUGUGUUUGUUAAAUUAAUGCAAGAUUACAGACUACGAGAACUCUUUAAACCAAGCAUGGCUGAACUGGGCCUUUGUAUGUACCAGUUUGAAUGCAUGAUACAGGAGCAUCUUCCAGAGCUUUAUGUGCACUUUCAGUCUCAGAGUUUUCACACUUCUAUGUAUGCAUCAUCGUGGUUUCUAACUAUAUUCCUUACAACUUUUCCACUACCAAUUGCAACGAGAAUAUUUGAUAUCUUUAUGUCUGAGGGUUUAGAAAUAGUAUUUCGAGUAGGUUUAGCACUACUUCAGAUGAACCAGGCAGAGUUACUGCAACUUGACAUGGAAGGAAUGUUACAGCACUUUCAAAAGGUCAUUCCACAUCAGUUUGACAGUGGUCCAGACAAAUUAAUCCAAGCAUCUUACCAAGUCAAAUACAAUGCAAAAAAGAUGAAAAAGUUAGAAAAGGAAUACACUACAAUAAAGACAAAAGAAAUGGAGGAACAAGUUGAAAUUAAAAGGUUACGAACUGAAAAUAGACUCCUAAAGCAGCGCAUUGAAACACUAGAAAAAGAAAGUGCUUCCUUGGCAGAUAGAUUGAUACAGGGACAAGUGACAAGGGCCCAGGAGGCUGAGGAAAACUACCUCAUAAAACGGGAGCUGGCCACCAUCAAACAGCAGAGUGAUGAGGCCAUUACUAAACUGGAGCAAGCUGAGAAUACCAUCAGGGAGCUCCAACAACAGCAGCAAUGGCAUAAAUGCAGUUCACGAUACAGUGAAGACUUUGUGCUACAGCUGGAAAAAGAGCUGGUCCAAGCCAGGCUGAGUGAAGCAGAAUCGCAAUGUGCCCUGAAGGAGAUGCAAGAUAAAGUUCUAGAGAUGGAAAAGAGGAACAGCUCCCUCCCUGAUGAGGAAAAUGUUGCCAGACUACAAGAAGAAUUAAUUGCAGUAAAAUUAAGAGAAGCAGAAGCUUCGAUGGGUCUCAAAGAACUAAGGCAGCAAGUCAAAGAUUUGGAAGAACACUGGCAGCGUCAUCUAGCUCGUACCACUGGAAGAUGGAAAGAUCCUCCCAAAAAAAAUGCAGUGAAUGAGCUACAGGAUGAGCUGAUGACAGUGCGGUUGAGAGAAGCAGAAACUCAAGCUGAACUGAAAGAGACCAAACAAAGAAUGAUGGAGAUGGAAACACAGAAUCAGAUCAAUAGUAAUCAUUUACGAAGGGCAGAGCAAGAGGUUACCAACCUACAGGAGAAGGUGCAGUAUCUUUCUGCACAGAACAAAGGACUUCUGGCUCAGUUGAAUGAAGCAAAACGUAGACAAGCAGAGAUUGAAUGCAAGAGCAAAGAAGAAGUGAUGGCAGUUCGGCUCCGUGAGGCAGACCGCAUUGCAGCUGUGGCAGAACUCCAGCAGCAUAUUGCUGAAUUAGAAAUCCAGAAAGAAGAAGGAAAAAUUCAAGGGCAGCUUAAUAAAUCUGAUUCUAACCAGUACAUCAGAGAACUGAAAGAUCAGAUAGCUGAACUGCAUCAUGAGAUCAAAUGUCUAAAAGGCCAGAGAGACUUCUCAGACCAACCCACUUUUGAUGGGAUUCACAUUGUCAACCAUUUCACAGGAGACGAUGAAUCAUUUCAUUCUUCUGAUGAAGAUUUUAUAACUAACUCCAUACAGGAGAGUGGGGUGAACUUUCAUCUACCCAGAAGGACUGGUCAGAUGGCUUUGGAUCACACACUUGUAGACAGCAGUGAAAGUGAUACUGAUGAAAGUGCCCUUCACACUGGGAAUUCAGACAAGAUGGUUUCUAAGCAGAGAAGAAUGGAAUCUUACUCUACUACUGUGUGAUUAUCACUGUGACGAGCACUGAAGAUUUUCCUAGUUCUUUAAGGCUGAAAAUGAAACCAUCCAGCAGUUAGCUUUAGGCAACUAUUGGAUCUGGUCUGGCCUGUGAUAAGAAUAUAGAUGUACUGUUUGUCUGCCUUCUCUCUUUGCCAAAUCUUGCUAAUGACAUACCAUUGCCAUAAAACAGGCUGGGAAGAAGCUGAUGGAUGACAGUUCUGACAGUAUUACUGAAUGUUCUUUGGUUUAGAAACUGCAAAUAUAUUAUUUCUUUAGUGCAUAAGAACCAUUUUUGCUGUUCACAAACACGGGAAUUAUUUUCCUCAAAAGAAAUUGCUUUUGUGCAAUAUUUUAUGCUCUGAACAAAAGUGUAUGUUUUACAUUGUUAUCCUUUUGUGAUCAAGAUGGACCCUAUUAAACCAUCUGAUCAUGACACAUAUAUAUAUAAAAUUACCUUAUACUUCUCAAUUACUUUUGGUUUUUUACUAAAGUUAUUGGAUGCCCACAGAAGGCUUGAAAGAGAAGCCUUUAUCUGUAGUACUUCAUAUAUGCCAAUAAUGGUCACUAAUGUCAUAAAGGUGUUUUCACCAUUUUCACUUAAAUCUACGUGCAUCUGCUUUUGAUGUUGCUAAAUAAUAACUGGUCUGAAAUAUAUUAAUUACAAUAAUGUUUAUUUUGUACAUAUUUAUAUAUCUACACCAAGCUGAAAAUGUACAUUACACCAUUUUAUAUGAGGAAUGUAAAUGUUGCAAUAUUACUGUCUCUGGUAUUCUAACAGGAAAAUGAAUUCUGUAUAUACACACUAGAAGUGAAUUACUAAAUAAAGGCAAAACACUAACUUUACAUUCAGUUUCAGCCUAGCUACACUAACAAGCUCAUGUCAGAAAUGCUUGUUCAAAACACUAUUGACUGAAAUCUUUUACCUUCAUGUAUAUGUAAUGAAAAUAAAUUUUUCAUGAUUUAACAAGGUUGCAGCA